AUGCCUCCUUCUGCUCCCCGAAGACCAUCACGCGGUGGGAGCGGCGGCAGCGGCGGCAAAGCCCGUCGAACCACCCCAUCUGGUCAAAGUAACCCCGCGCCCUCCAAUCCUCCUGUCCAAACCGACCCUAUAACUCCCUCUGUUCCCGAUGACUCGGAGAGGAGAACUCCCCCCCCAAAUUCACGACUUCUCCCCAAUCUCAGCCUCGACAUUUUCAAUGGAAGCAACCUUGAACGAUCCCGCGCAUUUGUCCAACGUUUUUGUGAAGGUCAAGUCAAGAUUUCCAGUCCAGAAGUUGCAAGAAACUUCCUUCGUGCUGUUAUUCGCCAAUCUGGACAAGGAAAUGCUCUAGAAACAUGCAUUUCUACCCUCGGCGACUCGGUACAUGGGGUCUUCGCUAUCGUCGAAGCUUUGAACCAGCAUGAAAACCUUAAGGACAUUUCAUUCCUCAACAAUUAUGUCGGUCAGCUCUUUCUCUUCUUGACGUAUCAAGUAGAUACAAAUGCUCCUGGUGCCGAUGUAAACUCCUUUGAUGAUCACAUCCGUCGUAUCGUUGGUCGUAUCGUCGAGGACAAUGACAUACUAUUCGGGUAUCUCAUUAGGGCAGCUAUACGUAACAGGCUCGGUUCGGAUGCCAUGGAAGGGCUUGCUCGCCUGAUCAUAUGCUACUUGAACUUUGCUCCCAAAGUCCCUGAUCAUAUUCAAGAAAUCAUCAUCAAUCGAAAAUUCAUUGGAAGAUUGAUGGCAGCCACACACGCUGGGGUUCAAAGCAUCGGUACAACACUCAAGUAUUGGUCGGACUGCGACAGCCAGCAAAGAACUGACCGCACCGGGAAAUACGUUGCAGGUGGACGACACGAUAACGACUUUAGGGACUAUAGAAAGAUCAAGAUUAUUCCUACAUCGGACGAGUUCUCCUGCCUAGAACCUUCGUAUCUUCCAAAAUCUGCUGCUCCAGCAAAUCAGAAAGGGGACUCUCGCGUUGGCCUCCACCUUGAUACCCAAUUCCGUCUUCUUCGCGAAGAGAUGCUCAAUGAAAUCAGGGCCGAUUACUAUGACUGCAUUGACGGCAAGGGAACUGGUACCAAGCCAAAUAACACCUCAGAACGACCCAAACUCAUACUUAAAAACCUUCAGUGGAAUGAUUGGGAUUUUCAAGGAGCAAGGAAGCUCCGGAGGUUCGGGAUCCGUCUUCUCCUUCCGGAGGGGUUCGGCAAAUAUGUCAACUUUGGAGGCAAAAACUACGACAAACUGUUAGCAGAUGACCAGAGUUUCCCGUUCAAGAACAACCAGCUAGCCGUUCUGGUUGUCGAUGAUGAAAUCGCUGGGUUUGGAAAGUUGGCACGAGAUAUCGAAUCAUUAAGGGGGCCAGCUCCCGCUAUAAUUUUCACGUUAGAAGAUACUGAUGUCGUUAGUCAGGUCAUAAAGAAGCUUUGGGACGCCGUAGUGGCUCGCGACGAGGGGGAGCCAGACAUCAAGCUAGUUUGUGUUGACAGCCCCGUCUACGCCCAUGAGCCAAUCUUAAAGAGGCUUCAGACGAUGAGGGCUAUACCUCUAGCAAAGGAGCUUCUUCAUUUUGAAAAGGGCAAAGAGGUUGGGAAGACUUCAUUUCAUCUGGAAGAGUUAAUCCCAAAAAUCAAUCCCGAGACUCCCCUAAAGGAUCAUGUAAGGGCGGGCACGGAUUCAAUCACAAUGGAUCGAGCACAGUGUGCAGCAAUCAAGCGUGCUCUGCAGAAUAAGGUGGCUUUGAUUCAGGGCCCUCCUGGUAAGGAACCAUCCUCCCAUCCCCUAAAUUUUGAACAAACGCUUAUAUUCCUAAACGCAGGCACUGGUAAGACAAUGGUCGGAAAUAUCAUUGCCAAACUCCUUUAUCUCUACACCCCGGAGAGCAUAGUUGUUAUAACCCAACAGAACCACAUCUGCGACGAGUUCCUUGAGAAUCUGCUAGCGAUGGGUGUGAGGACGGAGCAUGUCGUUCGCCUUGGCAGUCAAUAUAGCGAUGCCACACGUCCGGUUACCGUCAAUGAACUUUCUGACGAAUCGUAUUUAUUUAGCUCUGUCAAGAAUGCUAUGGACAGCAUCAAAAUUCAUAUCGAUGCUGCUUGGAAUCUAGUAAACCAAGCCAUCCAAGAGCUCUUCGUUAAACCGAUGACUUGGAAGCAUAUCCGCCAAAUCGCCAUCCGAUACAAUGAGGCAAAUUUUCAAGAGCCGGAGGAUCGCUUUGGUUAUAUCUCAGCCUUUACUGUUCCAGAAGAUUGGGAGAAAGUGGUUUUAGAGGCUGAUCCCAAAUGCAUAAUUCUCACCAAUGAUGAGCUGUUCGAACUCUGGGCGGAGAAUGCACGGUGCCCCACAGGCAUGGAGAAUUAUUUGACUGAAGAUGGUCGGGAGCUUUGGGACAUGCCACCGGAAGACCGAGAUAUCCUUCUAGGCUGGUUCAGAGAAGCACUUGUCGCAGACCAGAUCGCAGGCCUCGUGAGUGCAGUUACAAACUUCAAUCACCAAGUUGACGAGUUCAACAGAUGGAAAGAUACCCGUCUCCGUUAUCUUUUCAAGGAAAAACGAAUUAUAGCUGCCACUACCAAUGGUGCUGCAAAAUAUCUUCCCAUCAUCGCUGAUACAGCUCCGAAAAUUUUGAUUGUUGAAGAAGCUGCUCAGAUCCUUGAAUCUCACGUUCUCGCUGCGCUUCAUGACAAAGUUGAACAGAUCAUCAUGAUUGGGGACCACAAUCAGCUCCGCCCGCGCUGUGAAACUUGGGAGUUUCAGCAUGAUUCUGAAAGAGGUUAUAACCUAGAUAUCUCACUAUUUGAGCGUCUCGUCAAAGAAGGUUUUCCUUGCGAUGUUCUUGAAACCCAACAUCGUGCUCGCCCGGAGAUUUCCCAAAUUAUCCGAACUUUGACCUAUCCUAACCUUAAGGAUCACAAAUCGGUACAUCGGCUUGACCGCGUCCGUGGUCUUCAGCGCAGUGUUACUUGGAUGGCGCAUCAGUAUCAGGAAUCUUCUGCAGACAAGCUAGUGACACGCAAUACCAAAAUGGCUAAGAAAUCGAGCAAAAUUAACGAAUUUGAAGCUGAUAUGGUUGUUUCGCUUGUUCGCUAUCUUGGGCUUCAGGGCUACGCUAAUGAUCAUAUUGUUGUAAUUACACCAUAUCUCGCCCAAGUCGGCCUGAUCACCAAGAAGAUGAAGGAACGUGGAGAAUGUGAUGUCCUUCUAUCUCAGGGAGAUUAUCAUGAGCUCGUGAGAGCAGGUAUUAUCGAAGCUCGGGACCUCAAGGGCGUCAACAAAUAUAUUGAAGUUUGCACGGUUGAUCAAUUCCAAGGAAGUGAUAGGGAUAUUGUUAUUGUAUCCACGGUUCGCUGCAACACCGAGCAGAAGGCUAGCUUCCUUCGUGCUCCGGAGCGAGCCAAUGUCCUUCUUAGCCGCGCUAGGAAAGCUCUCGUCAUCAUUGGCGAUUUAUAUAGCGUCACCGAUCACGGCAUUCCUGGUACUGACUCAAUUUGGAGGAAUGUCUUUACCCAUUUCAAAUCUGAGGGGCACAUUUUCGAUGGUAUUCCAAUCGUUUGUCAGAAUCACCCCAAGCAGAAGCGCAUCUGUAGAACUCCAGAAGAAUUAGACUUUUACGCACCCGAAGGAAGGUGCAGACUCCUUUGUGAGUCUCCCUUGCCUUGCGGGAAGCACACUUGUUCGUUCUUCUGCCACGGCGGCCCGGAUCACAGCCGUAUGGAAUGCACGGUAAUGGAGAAGAAGACAUGUUCGAAAGGCCACGAGUGGGACGAUUUCUGCUGGCCAAAGGACCCCAAACCAUGCGAGAAGUGUAGCAUGCACGAAGCUCACUUUAAGUCCAUGCAAGAGGAGGAAGAGGCUCGAAAAACCAAGGAGUUCGAGACCUCUUAUGCGGCUGAGGUGAAAUCCUUGAAACAGGCCGAAGAGGCCAACAAGAAAAUGGAGGCCGAAAGGCAAGAUAAGCUCAACUUCGUUAGGGAGCAGCGAUUGAUUGCUGAGAGAAAGAUUGACCCGAAGCCAAGGCGAAUGCCUCCUCCUAUUAAGCCCUUUGGUGAAGCGGCUGAACUCCUGGCCAAGAAGGAGCGAGCAGAAAGAAUGGCCACGGAGCUAGCAGCGCUUGAUCAUCGGAUCUUAGAGGCAGAGAAGACUGCCUCACAACAAGCAUCGCCAAUGAAUCUCGGGCUACGGCCGCUUAGAGUCGCUGACCUUGAGCAGAAAUACAGUGGCGGUUCUUCCGUUGUUGAGGCUGGGCGUAAUGCUUCUGAGGACUCUCAAGAGUCCAUAAUUCCCGCCAGGUUCCGCGUUCCUGGAAUUCCAAUCUCCAAUCAUCCGAUUACUCUGGUCAGUUCUGGAGUUUUAGACAAGGGCAGUGACUCCGAGAUUAUGUUCGAAGUUAACAUACAGGCUCCGAAACCCCGCCCACGAAAACGACUAACUGGUAGAUCCGGUGACAACUCUUCUUUGGCGCAGACCCCUAAUCGAGUCCAAUCCGACCAGAGUUUUCCAUCAUCACCACCCAUUAGGAUCACUCCACUCGCCGAUAAUUCUAACCAAUUCCAACAACUCGAAGCCACUCCACCGACCAACAGAGAACAGAGUCUUAUUGAAGAGGCAUCGGAAAUGAAUAUCCUAGAAUUUGUUGCCAAAAGAUUGGUUGUGGAAGAACCACCGAGUUUCGUCAACGAAGUGCCACAGACGGAGAAUUUCUCGACCACCAUCGUUGAUAGUACAACUGCCAAUAUCAAUGGCUCAAUUUUGGAGAGUGACAUCAGCGAAAUUCCAGCAUCUAACGGAAUCCUUCUUUCACCAAGCGCCCUCACAGAUAGGGUAGAUUCUUCCAAGUCCGCCCAGUCAGACAACAUUGUUCUUCCAAAGGUCCCCGAUGCUACAGAGACCGUCCCUACACCAACGAUCCUAGAUUCAAACUUCGCCAAAUCCUCACGAUCUUCCAAGGCUGGUUCUGUUUCUGUUUCCAGUACCUCAAACCCUCUCACAGUUCCCUUAACUCCUUUUGACGGUCCAUUCCCAUCUCCCAGCCGCGAUGAAUGGAAGCGUCACAAACUUUCCACGAAGGAUAGCAAUGCUGCACUGGACCAAAUAAUGGAUAUGAUUGGCAUGGAGCAUGUCAAGGAGCAGGUCCUAGCCAUCAAAGCCAAGGUCGACACUGUUCAUCGCCAGGGAAUUAACUUACGCGGUGAAAGAUUCCAUGUUGCCCUCCUCGGAAACCCUGGGACCGGGAAAACCACAUUCGCAGGGUCGUAUGCAAAUUUUCUCAGAAGUGAAGGUGUUCUUGAAGGACUAUCCUACGUUGAAACCACCGGCGCUCGGUUGGCUCACGAUGGCAUCAAUGGCCUUCAAGACAUAUUUUCCCAGUUGCUCAACGCAAAAGGUGGGACUUUGUUUAUUGACGAGGCUUAUCAGCUUGUCACAUCUGGGGCAUUGGAAGGGAGGCAAGUUCUCGACUUCCUUCUCUCCGAAAUGGAAAGGCACCUUGGGAAAAUCAUCGUUAUUAUCUCAGGCUAUAACAAAGAGAUGGAAAAGUUUUUCGAGCAUAACCCUGGAUUGCACUCAAGAAUUCCUUAUCGCAUCCAAUUUGAGGAUUUCACCAACGAAGAACUGCUCUAUAUUCUUCAAGACACAAUCAAGGGGAAAUUUGGGGAAAGAAUGAAGAUAGAGGAUGGAUACAGUGGCUUGUAUAUGAGAAUUACAGCCAAAAGACUUGGGAGAAUGCGGGGCAUGCAUGGGUGUGGCAACGCAAGAGGGGUUCAGAAUGCAGUGGCUAAGAUUUUGGAACGUCAAGCUGCGCGUGUCACCAAAGAGCGAAAGCAAGGAUUCGACGCAGAUGAUUUCCUCUUAACCAAAGAAGAUGUGAUCGGGCCUGCCCCGUCGCAAGCAGCUAUGGAAAGCGAGACUUGGAAAGAGCUCCACCAGCUAAUUGGGCUUGGUGCGGUGAAGCAGAGCGUUGUGGUCCUACUUAAACGAAUGGAGAGCAACUACCAAAGAGAACUUGCCGAAGAGAAGCCCAUUGAUGUCUCCUUAAAUCGUGUCUUUUUGGGAAGUCCCGGAACGGGAAAAACGAGUGUUGCUAAGAUCUAUGGCAAGAUCCUUGCACAGUUAGGGCUUUUAAGCAGUGGAGAAGUUAUCAUGAAAACACCAUCCGACUUCUUGGGUCGUGCCUUGGGUGAAUCAGAAGCCAACACUAAGGCAAUUCUUAACGCUUCUCGUGGAAAGGUCCUCAUCAUUGAUGAAGCCUACAUGUUUAAUCCUAAGCUCAACGGUGCCGAAGAUCCUUAUAAAUCGGCGGUUAUUGAUACUAUUGUCAGCGAAGUUCAGAAUGUUCCAGGAGAUGACCAAUGUGUCCUGCUCCUUGGCUACAAGGAAGACCUCGAGAAAAUGUUCAACGCCGUCAACCCCGGCCUAAGUCGACGAUUCCCAAUUUCUGAUGGCUUCGUUUUCGAAGAUUUCACCGAUAUCGAGCUCUCUAAAAUCUUGGACCUUAAACUCCGGCUUGCAGAAAUUCAUGCAACUCCGGAAUCGCGUGAGGUUGCAAUCCGAAAAAUCGGCCAAAGACGUCAAAAAGUCAAUUUUGGAAACGCCGGUGAGGUUGAAAAUCUGCUUACUGUCGCCAAGGAACGGAUGCUCAAACGACAUGUUGAUGGUGGAGAUUUUGCUGCCGAACUUCUCCCUACCGACUUUGAUCCAGACCAUGACCGUGGAAACCGUACCGACCCAGGUCUUGCAGAUCUCUUCAAGGACCUAAUCGGAGUAGAAGACGUGAUACGCCGCUUCGAAGAGUAUCAGAUGUCAUCUAUGGUUAUGCGAGGACGCGGAGUCGAUCCCAAAGAUCAUAUCCCUUUGUUAUUCAUCUUCAAGGGCCCUCCAGGUACUGGAAAAACAACAACCGCCAGAAAAAUGGGGCAAAUUUUUUACAAUAUGGGAUUCCUUGCCUCCAACGAAGUCAUUGAAUGUUCAGCCUCAGACCUCGUCGCUGAAUAUGUUGGACAAACAGCCCAUCGAACACGUAAAAAGCUUGAGCAAGGUCUCGGAAAGGUUUUGUUCAUCGAUGAAGCGUACAGACUCCAGGACAAUCAGUACGGCAUCGAAGCGUCAAAUGAGCUCGUGGAUGCGGUCACAAAGCCAAAUUUUAUGGGUAACCUAGUUAUUAUUCUUGCCGGCUACGACGACGGUAUAGAUAAUCUUUUAGCGCUCAAUGUGGGCCUAGCUAGUAGAUUUUCAGAGGUCAUCGAAUUUCCGGAUGUCAACUACCAUACGGCUAUCGAAAUCGUUAAGACCGAAGUUAAGAAGGCCGGAGUCGAUAUUCCAAGCUUUGAUGACAAAGAUAGCGACCAGUACGCCGAAAUUCUUGAACUGCUCAAAGAGAUCUCUGAGACUAGAGGAUGGGGGCACGCUCGAGAUGCUCAAAACCUAGCCAAGGGUAUGACAAACAAGGCAUAUCGAAGUGUCAAGAGUCUUCACGAUUCAGUUGCUAUCACUCACGAAAUAGCCGUCAGCGUCUUGGUUGACAUGUUGAAGCAACGCAAGGGCAGAGCUUUUGUUUUGCCAGUCUUCAAGUCAAAACCUGCCUUGCCACCUCCAAAGGUUCAAUACGCUGAGCCCGUGGAGGCUCCUCAAGUCAAAGUCAACAUUGAAAUCGAGAAGGCUCCAGAAGCUGCAGAGCUCACCGAGAUCGAAAAGCCAGUUCCUGCAGAGUCGGUCAUUAAGACUAUUACUAAGACCGAACCAGUUAUUGAUGAAGCCGUCAUAUGCGAGCUAGUUGCCGAACCGGUUGCUAAAAGAGGACGGAAACGCAGUAGCCCUAAGAAAGCUAACGGCAAAGCAAUAGCUCAAACUUCUUCCGAAGAUACCAGCGGCCGCGAACGAGGCACCACAGAUCAAAACUGGGAAGCUCUCUCCCAAUCCCGAACAAUCGAGGAGGCCCGAAUUACACAGCACAAGAGACGACAAUCUGAACUUCGCCAAAGCUUGGAAAUCGCCCAACGCGAAAAACUAGAUGCGGGAGCCAAAUACACCACCAUAAAACUUCAGUAUUUCGGGAAAAGAGCACCUGUCUUCAAGCAGAGAAUUGAAGCCGCGAAAUUAAAGGAAGCUGAAGCUCAGGAAACGUUCUCUAAAAUUGAAAAAGAGAUGGAAGAUAUUGCUCAGGACGAAAAGGUCAGAGAAGCACGUGAGAAGAUUAACAUGACCAAGUUGGAUAAAAUGGGGCUGUGCCCUAAGAAGUACCACUGGAUCAAGAUGAAUGACGGUUAUCGAUGUGCUGGAGGUGAGCAUUCUAUCACCAACGAAGAAUUGAAUGCAUAUUCAUUUUAA